AUGGGUAUCUGCAUAUCAACUGAAUCUUCAGCGAUUCAUGGGGCGCCAGAACCUGAAGAAGGUCGUGAUGAAAAUGUAAUAAUAUUUGAAUCAAGCAAUGUUCUAUGUGAGACUCCGAGACUUUGCUCUGUUUACUCUAAACAGGGUAGCAAAGGACUCAACCAAGAUGCUGCCACUUUUCUUCAGGGUUUUGGGACGAAAGACGCAGCAUAUUGUGGCGUGUUUGAUGGACAUGGAAGGAAUGGUCACAUAGUGAGCAAAAUAGUAAGCAAGCGUGUGUUUUCACUCAUAUUGAACCAAAAGGAUGCUCACUCGAAGAUUGAUGAUGCGUUAGAAAAGGGUGAUGAGAACAUCCUAAACCAUGUCGACAAGGUGGAAGACGAUAAGGGUCCAAACAAGAAUAUUCAAGAAUGGGAAGAAGCUAUUCUUAGUGCUUUCAGGGUGAUGGACAAGGAGGUGAAGCUACAAGAGAAUAUAGACUGCUCUUGCAGUGGAACCACAGCUGUAGUUGUCAUAAGAGAGGGUGAAGAUCUUGUCAUAGCUAACCUCGGUGACUCGAGAGCAAUCUUGGGGACAGUCUCUGACGAUGAGAUCAUACCCAUUCAAUUGACCACGGAUAUGAAGCCAGGAUUACCUCGCGAAGCAGAUCGAAUAAGAAGUUGCAAUGGUCGCGUAUUUGCGUUGAAGGAAGAAUCACACAUUCAGCGAGUGUGGUUACCCAAUGAGAACUCCCCAGGCCUAGCCAUGUCUCGAGCUUUUGGAGAUUUCAUGCUCAAAGACCACGGUAUCAUUGCCAUUCCAGAUAUUUCGUAUCGCUCUCUAACAUCCAGUGACCAAUUUAUUGUACUUGCAAGUGAUGGGGUGUGGGAUGUACUGAGCAACAACGAGGUUUCUUCAAUUGUGUGGACGGCAGACACUGAAAAGGAAGCAGCAAAGGCAGUAGUGGAAGCAGCCACCGCCACAUGGAAAAACAAGUACCCUUUUUCCAAAGUAGAUGACUGCACCGUGGUUUGCCUCUUCCUGCAGAAGAAAAGAAACAAAACCUUGUACACUUAA